UCAGAACUGCAAGAGUGGCACGAGACAGAAGCAGCAGCAACUCGGGAGGAAUCAGACACCGAAACAACUGCUUCAUCGAACAGAAAAGCAUUUCAGGUCUAAUCUUGGGAUCAAAAGAAGUCUUGAAGUCAUGAUUGCUUCACAGUUUCUCUCUGCUCUCACUUUCGUGCUUCUCCUGUUUAAAGAAAGUGGAGCCUGGUCUUACAACGCCUCCACGGAAACCCUGACUUUUGAUGAGGCCAGUGCUUAUUGCCAGCAAAGGUACACACAUCUGGUUGCAAUUCAAAACCAGGAAGAGAUUAAACACCUGAACUCCGCAUUCAGCUAUUCACCAAGUUACUACUGGAUCGGAAUCAGAAAGGUCAACGAUACAUGGACCUGGAUAGGGACCCAGAAGCCUUUGACUGAAGAGGCCGCAAACUGGGCUCCAGGUGAACCAAACAAUAAGCAAAGCAAGGAGGACUGUAUAGAGAUCUACAUCAAGAGAGAAAAGGACUCGGGCAAGUGGAACGAUGAGAGAUGCAGCAAAAAGAAGCUCGCCUUGUGCUACACAGCUGCCUGUACCCCGACAUCCUGCAGCGGCCACGGUGACUGUAUAGAGACCAUCAACAGCUACACUUGUCAGUGCCACCCCGGCUUCAAGGGACUCAAGUGUGAGCAAGUUGUGACCUGUCAGGCACAGGAAGCCCCUGAGCACGGAAGCCUGGUUUGCAACGACCCUUUGGGGAGCUUCAGCUACAAUUCUUCCUGCUCUGUCAGCUGUGGGGAGGGCUAUCUCCCAAGCAGCACGGAGGCGACCCAGUGCACUUCCUCCGGAGAAUGGAGUGUUCCUCUUCCAGCCUGCAAUGUGGCUAAGUGUGAUGCUUUGACAAAUCCUGUCAAUGGAGUUGUGAAAUGCUUCCAAAGCCACGGAAGCUUCCUGUGGAACACCACCUGUGAAUUUGAGUGUAACGAAGGAUAUAAACUCACUGGACCCCAGCACCUGCAGUGUAUCUCCUCCGGGAUUUGGGACAACAAGAAACCAACAUGUAAAGCUGUGACAUGUGAUGCCGUCAGCCAUCCUCAGAAUGGAACUGUGAGCUGUAGCCACUCCCCUGCUGGAGAGUUCACCUAUAAGUCAUCCUGCCACUUCACCUGUGCAGAAGGCUUCGUGUUGCAGGGGCCAGCCCAGGUUGAAUGCACUACCCAGGGGCAAUGGACACAGCAGGUUCCGGUUUGUGAAGCUGUGAAAUGUGAUGCUGUCCCUCAGCCCAGAAGUGGUUCAGUGAACUGUACCCAUUCCCCCACUGGAGAGUUUACCUACAAGUCCUCCUGUGCCAUCAGCUGUGAGGAAGGCUUUGAAUUACAUGGAUCAGCUCAACUUGAGUGCACAUCUCAGGGACAGUGGACACAGGAAGUCCCCUCCUGCCAAGUGGUACAGUGUUCAAGUUUGGAGGUUCCCGGAAAGAUCGACAUAAACUGCAGUGGGGAGCCUGUGUUUGGCACCAAGUGUACAUUUGUAUGUCCUGAAGGAUGGACGCUCAAAGGCUCUGCGGCUCUGACAUGUGGUGCCACAGGACACUGGUCUGGGAUGCUGCCUACCUGUGAAGCUCCUUCUGAGUCCCAAACUCCCUUGGCAGUUGGACUUUCUGCUGCUGGGAUCUCCCUCAUGACAUUAGCAUCAUUUCUCUUCUGGCUUCUGAAACGCCUUCAGAAGAAAGCAAAAAAAUUUGUUCCUGCCAGCAGCCGCCAAAGCCUUCAAUCAGAUGGAUCCUACCAAACGCUUUCCGAGUUAAUUUAAGUCCAAAGGAAUCAGGAGCACAGGUACAUUAGGGAACUAGAACGAUACCCUGAAGACGGCAGAGACAGAGAGGUCUGCUUGGGUCUCUGGCCCUUCUCACCUACUACACCCGCUGGCUGGCUUUAUAGCUGGGAUUAUGGUACCUACAAGGACUUCAACGGACUAAAAUCCAGUGGGCAAGUCCAGCCUGCCACCAAAAAGACUCAGUUUUCUCCUUUCCAGUGCUGGCUACUGGAAGGAAAGAAUAUUCGCUUCCAUGGAAGAGUGAAGAGACCAAGGCUCUGGAAUCUCAGAAUUCCUUUUCUAACUCACCCUUCACUCACUGUCAAAUCUUGUGGUGCAGCACACUAUUUUGAGGCGCUGUUUCUUUCUUUUGUCCCUCACAGUGUUUGAACUGCUGCUUAUGUAGUCGCCGUCAUUGGGAUGAAUAA